AUGCCUAGCCUAACACAAGAUCCAUCACAAAACACAGUUCAAAAUGGGGAACCUAACUUAUUACAAAAUCAUAAUACAAAUAUUGGAACAAAAAUAUCUCAAGUGCUAACAAAUUCUAAUACAGAGCCGUUAAACACAGGGAAUGGAAGCACAAAUCCUGGAAGUGGUAUUAAAAUGAAAGAAGAAAUAUCAAUAUGUUGUAUAAUAACAAACAAAAAAUGGGAUAUAAUGAGUAUUGGUACUAUAACUGUCUCAAUAUUCCUUAUGCUACUAAUUAUGUAUAAGUAUUUGUUAUACAGAUGGAAAAAUGAAUUGAAGAGAAAAAAAACAUGA